AUGUACAAUGUCCUCGAGAUUUACGUCCUCAUUUUCACGACGUUCCAACGACGGUGGGGGCGGUAUUUCUGGAGUAUGCUGGUAGCAAACACUGGUAUCCUGCUUCACGCUUGCGGCAGUUUAGGUCGAUUCUUGCAACCGACGCGAACACCAAUACCUGGAGCCUUUGCCCACAUAGGCUGGUACUGCAUGGUGACCGGCCAGUCUGUUGUCUUGUGGUCGCGGCUACACCUCGUAGUCUACAAUCGCAUCACAAUUCGACUCGUUCUGGCAAUGAUCUGUGCGUCCUUCAUCUUCGUCCAUAUCCCACAAACAGUCCUCUUCGCUGGGUUAUGGACUAGCGACGACCCAGUAUGGACUGAGCGCUUCAGGAUAUUCGAAAAAGUCUCCUUGAUGGUAUUCACCGUACAGGAGACCAUCAUAACCGGUAUUUUCGUCAGGGCAGGAUUUCGAAACUUCAAGAGUCUUUUCGAGUUCAAAGCUAGGGAAGCACGAAGUCUGUUGAGCUACCUCGUUAGCAUGUUCAUGCUCGUCUUCCUCCUCGACACCGGCCUCGUCAUCCUCGAGUACAUGGGACUUUUCGUUUUCCAGACGACGAGCAAAGCCAUAGUAUACAGCAUCAAGUUGAAAGUGGAAUUUGCGGUUCUACAAAAGCUUCUCGCUUUUACGAAAAUGAAGUACUGCGAUUGCAGUCUCUUGGACGAUAUCCCACAGGCCAAAACGAAAACGAUCACGGAUAACACCACGUUCGCAACUAUGACACCCUGA